UCUUUCUUUUCUCUUACUUUUGAAUUAUUCUCUGUUUUUUUUAAUAGUUUUUUUUUCAAAAUUUUGUAUUUAUUAUCUGAAAUGAAAUUAAGAGAUCCCUCUCAUUAGACAGGCUUUGGUACUGUAACUAUUGAUAUGAUGGAUGUUCUAGCGGAUGUGGAAUGCCUAGCAUUUCUUUCCACAUUUGAGGAUCAACCCAAAAAUACAUUCUCCUAAAAUUGUCCAAAAAUUAAAUGGCGGGAACCGUCCACAAUGGGGCCAUCAAAUCACUGAUUUGAAUUUGAAUUGCUGAUCCAUGGCCCCCUUUGAUGAUGCGCAGGACCUUAGUAUCUGUGAAGGUGAAAUGUUGGCAAGCAACUAUGGGAUCUUAUCCGAGGAGCCUACUUCUCUUCUUUGACUUCUUCUUCACCAAGGGCAUUCGAAUGUGACAUUCUCUUCAUGAUUGUAGAGAUUGGCAUAUCAUAUGCAAUCAACUUCCAUUUUUAUUAGGUCCUGUAAAAUCAAGUCAUCAUAAUGGGUGGCUGUGUUUCGGUGGCAAAUAGAAAACCAAAGCCGCGGAGAAAGUACUUUAUCAGAUCCAGAAAGCACCAUGGAAAGAUUUCUGCUUCUGCGCCAGAUGCUCCUAAGACACGGCUUAGUGACCCAGGGAAUUGUUUAACAGACUAUGCUGUUAGUGAGUUUGUUCAUUUGGAUAUUGAGAAGGCUGCAACAAACCGUAGACACUCUGAGGUAUCCAAUGUGACAUUCCAUCUCACCCAACUGCAGUGGCACCACAGUCAAAUUGACACAAACGUAAUAUGCCAAGAGGAAUCGUGGUUUGACUCUGUUAGUAUUCAGGAGUCUGACUCAGAUGAUGACUUCAUCAGCGUUCAUGGGGACUGCUUCCCUUCUGUAAGCAAUGCAAUUGGGAAUAUCUCAAGUGCACAGAAGCUACAGUAUGAAAGUGCGUCAUGCUUUAUGGAUGCCAUGUUUUUAACUUCGCAAGGUUAUGAGCUAUCUUGUUUAGGGAAGGUUGAGGGCACUGAAGCUUGUAACAAAAGGCAAAGAGUGUUAGAAGAUUCGUAUGGAAGCUUUAAUGCUCGAAAAGUGGAGAGACACGACACCGAAGACAGAAGUCAUGAAAACACUUUGAAGCAGAUGACAGCAUCUCGCUUACCUCAUUUGCUUCCUACCGUCAGUUUUAAUGACAAAAAUCAACCACCAACAAGUUCCAGUCUGGCAUCUCAAUGGAAAAAGUCAGCAGUUAUCAGGCUUUCUUUCAAGAGAAAGCCUUAUGAGGGGGAUGAGACUGCUACUGAAUUUUGUGCCUCAAAGAAAUUCUUAUUUCGUCCCAGAGCAGGACUUCUGGUUCCAUGUUCAAUUGGGGAGAAGCCAACUGCAGGAUGCUGGUCUGUUCUCGAACCUUCAAGUUUUAAGCUUCGUGGCGAGCACUAUUUCAGAGAUAAGCAAAAACAUCCAGCUCCAAAUUAUGCUCCUUAUGUGCCAAUUGGUGUUGAUUUAUUUGCGUGCCCACGAAAGGUCCAUCACAUUGCUCAGCACAUCGAGCUUCCAUCUAUCAAAGCACAUGAUAAAGCACCCUCAAUCCUGAUUGUUAAUAUUCAGCUGCCCACUUAUCCUGCUGCAAUGUUCCUUGGUGAUAGCGAUGGGGAAGGCUUGAGCCUUGUAUUAUACUUCAAAAUUUCUGAAAGUUAUGAUAAAGAGAUAUCUCCUCAUUUUCAGGAUAGCAUUAAGAAAUUGGUUGAAGAUGAAACCGAGAAGAUUAAAGGAUUUGCAAUGGACUCAACCAUUCCUUUUAGAGAAAGAUUGAAGAUAAUGGCUGGCUUGGUUAAUCCGGAGGAUCUCCAAUUGAACUCUGCCGAAAGGAAACUCAUGCAUGCCUACAAUGAAAAGCCAGUGCUCUCACGCCCCCAACAUAAUUUUUAUAGGGGUCCGAAUUACUUCGAGAUUGACCUUGACAUACAUCGCUUCAGCUACAUAUCAAGAAAGGGACUUGACUCUUUCCGAGAGCGUUUGAAAAAUGGGAUAAUAGAUUUGGGUCUAACCAUCCAGGCGCAGAAGCCGGAGGAAUUACCAGAGCAAGUUCUGUGUUGCAUGAGACUGAACAAAGUCAACUUUGUAAAUCACGGACAAAUACCUACGAUCAUGACGCUCAAUGACGACUGAUUUCAAAGCAAAACUCUGUUGUCUUGUCCUGCAGGUUAUUCUCAGUUUAACAAUCAAAGGCUUGUUCUGUAAACAUCAUGGUGGUACCCUUUUCUGGCUUACAUAAAUGAAAUGAUCUUCCGCAUUUUUUUCAAGACAAAUGUUCCUUAAUCCUGAUAUUUCUUCUUGUUAAUAAUUAUAUCAACAUGUCCCAGUUAAGUAACAAAGUGUUCACUCUUUGUGAUUAA